AUGUCACAAGUGAAUCACGAACGAAAUUCUAAAAGAAACCCAAGGGGGGGAGGAGAUAAUAAAAAUAAACGAACCAAUAAUCGAAACGAUGGUUCAUGCUAUAUUUGUGGACAACAUGGCCAUUUUUUUCGUGAUUGUACUAGUGAAAAAUUAUCAAAGCAUCAAGAUAUAGAAGAAAAUCAACUUAAAACAUUAUCUGAUAAUUUUAGCUCCGCUGAAUUGUCUUAUGAUGGAUCUGAUAAAAUCGUUUUUGUACCAAAAGGAGAUGAACAUAAAGGGGUAUGGAAAAGAUUGAUAAAGAAAGAAUUUACAAAUCAACAUAGAAUUAGGUACUUUGUUACAUCAUGUCUUGCUGCAGCGGACAAAAAAGUAGGGCACGAAGUUGAAGAACUUGUCUCGGAAUUGGGUCAGGCGGAAGGUUUGAAGCGUAUAAGAGAAGUUGUCAUGUUUGAUAUGUCCGUGGAUGCUGGUCUUUCCGGUGCGAUUGCCUCAUUCCAGCGUGUGAUAUUACCAUUCAUGGCGCUUCUAACUCGCUCAGGAAUUACUGAGUGCAAUAUAGAGAAAUAUGUUCAUCCAAUAUUUUUUGCAAAACCAUUUAUGCAUGAUGGUGUUAUUCCAAUGUUAGAGACUCUAGUUCAAAGAAAUGAUAUUUCUGACAGAAAAACAAGCCAAUCUCUGUUGCUUGAAGAUGACCCAGAUGCAUUUCUACCUACCUCAAUGGGCCAAUUCUUCUUGAUUAUUGUCAGAUUAUGUAAUGAACUUAUGAAACGUAUAAAGGAGGCAUCGAUUAAUGAUACAAUGCACAAAAUUGUGUCGAGAAUCGAAGAUGCGAAAAAUUUGUGGAAAAAUUCCCUUCAACAAACUAUUGAAACAUCUAAAGAUCCACUUGCUUCUAAUAUUGAUCGCGAACUUUCUAAGAAUGGACCACGUCAUGAUAAUGAUUUUAGUGAAAUAUCAAAAAUUUCAAUUAUUCCUACUAAGGAUGAAGUUUUAUGUAAACGGGAACCAUUUUUACCCACAACAAAUAUGGAAGAAUCCUUACAUUAUCUUCCAAAAGGUUCUGAACGACUUCUUGAUACACAAUUUCGUCUUCUACGAGAAGAUAUGAUGUGUCCUAUACGUCUUGGUAUUGUAAAUUUCAUUGAAUUUUUGAGGUUAGGUGAAAAUAACGCGAAGAUUAAAAAGUUACGGGAACGUGGUGGAAGGCAUAAGUAUGAUAAUAGUGUAGACGGGACGAAUGGAAGCGAUUUAAAUGUAUAUGCAAAUGUUCGUUUUUCUGAAAUAAAAGUCGAUAAAAGGCGUGGAUUUUCUUGUAGAAUGGAAUUCACACAACCCCCAAUGCGACGUCAUUCAGAAAAUAAGAAUAGUCGAUUGCAGUAUUGGAAUAAAAGUAGAAAACUUAUGAAUGGAAGUUUGGUCUGCUUACUUUGGCCAUCCGGCAAAAAUUCAUCUGCUAAUGCUAAUAAUGGCCCUCAAUUUUCUUUAUACUUUGGAACUGUAUCACUUCGUGACGAAAAUUUGUUAGCUCAAAAACAACUUACUGCUGUGGUUGACAUCAGUUUUAUUGAUACAUCAAUUUAUAUAAUUGCCUUGAAAGAUAUAAUGAAAAAAAAUUCAAAUAAACAGACAACAGGAUGUUUCAUGGUCGAAUCUACAGGAGUGUAUUUUGAGUCAUAUUUCCAUAUUUUAAGAACUCUUAAAGAAACUACACCUUCGAGUCUUCCUUUUGAAAGAUAUUUGGCACCACAAGAAAUCGAAAGUUCCUCGUUUGCUUUAGUUGACCCGCCUACAUAUGCUAGAGCGCCUGGAUUCGAAUUUGAUUUGUCUGUGCUACUUGAAGAUAAAAACAAACAACUUAAACUAAGAGUUGCUGACAUAUCAUCUCAUCAAACUGUUGUUCAAAACCUUCAAUCGUUGAGUAGACUUGAUGAGAGUCAAGCACAAUCUCUCGUAAAUUCUUUAUGUCGAGAAGUUGCUUUAAUUGAAGGUCCGAUAUUAACAAUUUGUUUUACUAAUCAUGCUUUGGAUCAGUUUCUUGAGAAUUUAUUAAAAGUUGGAAUUCAAAAUAUUGUACGAUUGGGAAGUCGAUCAAGGUCUGAAAUUAUUAGAGAUUUCAAUCUAGAAGAGAUAUGUCGAAAUCGCGCUCGCUCUAAACAUCAAGGAUGGUUGUUAGCUCAAGGAUAUAAAGAACUUGAGCAAAUUGAAAAAAAGGCAGAUCAAUUACAAAAUAAUUUAACUAACAAAUUUUUGGAUUGGAAUGAUGUUUCUGUUUAUUUGAAAGUGGAAUACCCAGACCACUUGAGAAAUUUUCAGUAUCCAGAUAUACCAGACUUUUUACUUGAAACUACAGUUGAAGACGAUGAAGAAGAUGGAAAGUGGAGAAAAGCUAAAAAUAAGAGAAACAAAAAACGAUCAGUGUUUAGCCAAUGGGUUGAUGGUGAUGAUUUGAAUCUUGCACAGAUACCUAGCAGUAAUCGGUCUUUGGAGGAACUGAAAGUUGAUCCUAAUAUUUGGCAAAUGUCUAGUGCCGAAAGAGCAACUUUGUAUGAAUGUUGGAAAGAGGAUAUUAAAUCUGAAUCUUUUGAAGAGCUUGACAAAAUUCAAAAAAUGUAUGAAGCGAAAAAAAAGGAGGUAGAAGAGAUUUACGAUGAAGGUCGUCGUCAGAUUCUUCGAAACUGUGAUGUAAUUGGAAUGACAACAAACGGAGCAGCCAAAUUUCAAACUUUAAUUCGCUCUAUUGGACCACGUAUAAUCAUUUGUGAAGAAGCAGGUGAGCUUCGUCCUCAUUGCGCUACAUACUCUUUGACAUGCGAUUCGAAAACUGGAAUUAAUUACGCACUUGACAAAAGUCUUUUUGAACGCCUUGUUAAUGGUGAUCAGACAAUGCGCCUAGAAAAAUCGCAAUUGCACACACAAAGAAGGAUGAGAAAAGAAGUUUCUGACUUAAUUCGGCUUACAUUAUAUGAGAAACUCAUUGAUGACGAAAAAAUCGUCAAUUACCCAGAUGUACGCGGUGCUCAAAGAAAUGUUUAUUUUAUGGAUCAUCGUCAUCCUGAAGAUUCAGGUGAAAAUGAUUUUGCAAUAAAUUCACAUUCAAACACCUUUGAGGUGGAAAUGGUAGUAGAACUUGUUAAGUAUUUUGUUCGUAAUGGCUACAAUAAACUAAAUCAAAUUGCAGUGUUGACUCCAUAUCUCGGACAGCUAAUUAAAAUAAGAGAUGCGCUACAAAAAUCAUUUGUUGUGGUAAUUGACGAACGUGAUGAUCAAUUGAUUACUAAUAUGGAGGAAAGCAUGGAUGCUGAAAAUGAAAAUACAGAUAGCGGGUCAACGACUUUCACUACCGCUACUGAAAAGAAGUUGUCACAACAAGUUGUUCUUCGUACAGUUGACAAUUUUCAAGGAGAAGAAGCCGAUAUAGUGAUUGUGUCGCUUGUUCGUAAUACUAGAAAUAUGGAUCGUGGAAAUAUUGGAUUUUUGAAGUCAACAAAUCGUUCUAAUGUCCUAUUAUCACGUGCAAAACAUGGAAUGUUCCUUUUGGGAAACUCAGAGCUUAUGGAAAAGCAUUCCGAAUUUUGGAGAAAAGUUUUGCUAAUUUUACACGAACGUGGUCAAAUUGGGCCAGGAUUUCCAAUUGUAUGUGCUCAACACCCUCAUUAUAGGAAUACCAUAUAUGAAGCCGAACAAUUUAGUGAAGUUUCUCCGGAUGGUGGUUGUUUCGAGCCCUGUCAACAACAGUUAAAAUGCGGACAUACAUGUCCAUAUAAAUGUCAUUCGGAUGAUCCGCAGCAUAUUGGUGUUUUUUGCAGAAAAGAUUGCACAAGAUUGCAUCCAGAUUGUGGGCAUCCGUGUAGGAAUAAAAUGUGUGGAGAAGAGUGUGGCAAAUGUUAUUGGCCGAUUGAAAAUAUUCCAUUACCAUGUGGGCACGAAUAUAAAAAUGCCAAGUGUAACGACAAUAAAAAUAAAGAAAGGCUCCGUUGCCAUGAAAUGGUUCUAAGGAAAUUACCUAAAUGCGAACAUGAGCAUUUAAUGGAGUUGUCUGAGAAAACGAAUCCAGAUAAUCUGCCUUUAGACACUGAAGGUCACGUAUGUAAAGAAAAAUGUCAUGAUGGUCGAUCGUGUAGACCUUGUAGAAGUUUCUGCAAUGUUUCUUGUGCACAUUCAAGAUGUAAACAAGUCUGUUCAGAACCUUGCUCAGUGUGUGCUGAAGAAUGUGAAUGGCAAUGUGAACAUGAGGGUGCUUGCAAUUUACCAUGUGGUGUACCUUGCAUCCGACUUCCAUGCGAUUUGCGAUGUGAAAAAUUACUAGGUUGUGGACAUCAAUGUUUCGGACUUUGCGGCGAGAAAUGUCCACCAUCAAAGUACUGUGCAGAUUGUACUACAGAUGAUAAUGUCAAAAAUCAAGUUGUUGAUUUGAUUAUGCAAGAAACUUUUGCAGAAGUGGAUUGGACUCUUGAACGAAUGGUUGUUUUAGAGUGUGGUCAUGUAUUUACAGCAGAAAGUUUAGAUAAUUGGAUGGUUAUGAAAGAUUAUUACGAAAUGGACAAUGACAAUAACUGGAUCCGAAUCAAACCAAUUACCUCGAAACUAAUAGAUUCUAAAACUUGUCCACAAUGCCGUGCUCCCAUUAAUAUAUAUCGUUACGGAAGAGCAACUAAGAAAAAUGUUUUGGAUGUGCAGAACAAAAAAUUUUUAAUGAAAUGCGAAUUCCAAUUGAAAGAACAAAACAAAAGUAUAAAGAAUGCUACAGCACAAUUAGAAAAUAAGCGAAAGAAAAUUUUGGAUGAAAUUAAAAUGCCUCCUAAAGUUCAAAGAAAAAAAGAAAUGAACGUUAUGGAAAAAGGACCUGCAUUUCAAGCAAUUCCAGAAGUUAUACCAACAGAACAAUAUAUAUUGCUUGAAAAAUAUCAUAUUCCAACGUCGCAUGAAGAGAGAUGGAGUAAUCAUAUAUCCGUGCUUCUAGCCAUAUAUCGAAAUUUGAUGCGAUUAAUGUCGGCGACUAAGUCUCCGCCAUAUAAACUAGCAUACGAGGCUGCAGUAUCUCGAUUGUAUAAUUCUAAAACCAAAAUUGAUAUGGAUGAUCUAGUCAAAAAUCUUGAAUCAUUUAAUCUUUUAGAUUAUGAUUCUCCUGCUCGUCAGCGUCUCAAAUUCCAGGAAACAUUGGCAGAAGUUGGGAUAAUUGCUCCAAAAGUAGAUGUUCGUGUAUAUCUUGAUGCAUUUUUUAACAUAGUUAAUAUCCAAAAAGUAAUCUUUCAUGAAGUCUCCAAGAUUAUUUCAGAGUUGCCAAAAGAAACUCUUACAGCAACAGAAACAGCAAUUCAGCGCGUUUCUUAUAGUAAAAAUUGGAUUAGCUUUGGGGAAUAUAUGAUCGAAACCGUUAGAAAACACCUUGAUUCAAUAAUUACUAUAGCUCAAGAGAAUCAAUAUCGUCGUCACCUUGUUCUGGCCUCGUUAGAAUUAGCGGAAUUUGAAAUUAAAGCAGAGCGAUUUAAACUUAGACAUCCUCCCACGGGUAUCGUAACUCCUACGAUCCAAGAUGCCGUUAAGAACAAGUGUACUGAAAUUGAGAAAAUAUGCAUACAUAUUUGUGAUGAAGUACUCCCUAAAAUGAACGUUGAACAUUUUGAAAAAGAAUGCAAAUCGAGAGUUGAUAAAAUUCUUUUGGAAGUUUUGGAUCUUCAUACAGCUGCACUAAAAGAUAGACCUUUAACAUUCGAAGAAAAGUUGGAAAUACAUGAAGCAAUGAAAUUUGAAUUGCAAGGAUCUGGGCAUUGGUAUCAAUGUCCUAAUGGUCAUCCUUACACGAUUGGUGAUUGCGGAAAUGCCGAUCAAGAAAGCCGUUGUCCGGAGUGUGGCGAGAGAAUCGGAGGCCAAGGUUAUAUACUUGCUGUUGGAAAUAGUCGGAAUGCGGAAUUUGAACGUAUGCAGUAG